AUCAUAUUCAUUCCCGUGGGUCGUGUCAUGCAACUUCCCGCUUUUAAUCGCUAUAUCACUUCACCGCCCCCCUAUUAAAUUUUCCCACUUCCCCAACAAACUACCCCAGCUUAAUUCUGUCAGAUAAAAAUGGAGUAUAGUAUACUCCCUCAAAUAUCAUACUAUAAUUUACUACUAGUACAUAUUAAUUUUCCCACUCUAAGUAACGAUUUUCUGAUCUUAAUUUAGUCCGUUUUUCUACAAAUUUUAGAUUUUCAAGCUAGUCUCCGUUUCGAGCCACAUUACAUGACAGUGGACUGAGCUAGGAGAGCUUCUGCAUGUUCACAAUAAUUGUUUUUGGAUCGACUCGUAUAUAUUUUCCGAAGCACGUUCUCAAUUGAAACCUAUUAAAUUUGAAUUCUGAAUUGAUGGCCGCAGCUUUAGAGUGCUGGUCAAGUCGAGCUAGCAUUGAAGAGGAAAUGGUAGAACAAGUUCUAAUGAGAAACAAUCACAGAUCGGAGGCGCCGCCGGGAAGCGGUUGCUCAACCGGUACUGGUUCUGCCGGCGGGAUUGGAGGUUUAAAGGAGUCUUCUUCAGCAAUGCAGAAGCGACUACAGAGACUGAGCAGGAACGUGUCGGAGGUAAUUGCGUCGCUUAAGAACUCACUAAACCUCGAAACGGUUCGUGACUCGCCUUCACCCUCGGACCGAGUUGAGACCGGUCGGAAGCACGUUUGGGGCAGUGUUGUACGGGGAUUGACUCAGCUUUAUCCUGGUAGUCAACUUCCAGAGAAGCUUGUCUCCAACAUUCGCAAGCAUUACGACUCUUUCCCACUCAGCUAUGGGCAAGCUGGAUUUGAAAUGAAGGAUGUCUUUCUACAUAUUAGAUUGAUAGAGCAGGCAUCCGCAGAGGAUCACCCAGCCAUUAUGAUACAAGAGGUAUCUGAUGAUGAAGUUCAAGGAUCAAUUUUUAAGUUAACAUUUGCAUGUAACUCUUCUAUUUCGUGGUCUGCAAUGUCCGGGGCGCUCGACAGCGCCUCGAUUUGUUGUAAAAAGAUACAGAUCUUUGAAAAGAAAGGUUUUACGUUGGGGAUUGUGAUGCUUUUGGUUCAAUCUGGGAAAGAAAAAAUGUUUAAAGCUCGUAUCGAGAAUGUUCUUAAAUCAGCCCUUAAGAAGCCAAAAUCUACUGCAAUGAAGAAGCUACCGUUUGGGAUUUGUGGGAGUCAAGAGGAGAACACAAGGAGCAGAGAAUAUGGGGAGAUUGAAGAGGACUCUGGGCAGCCAAAUUACAAAAAUGGGUUCGAUAAUUCGACCCCAAAGGUCCAGUUGCAAAUACCGUUACCUACUUCUUUGUUUACGGUCUCGGUGGAUGAAUGGCAGACUGUGUUAUCUGGCGGAGAAAAGAUUGGAAAGUGGUUAUUGAGCUCUGAUAAUCUUGAGUUCAUCGAUCAGAUUGGACCGAAUACAUUCAAAGGGGUAUACAAGGGAAAAAGAGUUGCGGUUGAGAAGCUCAAGGGGUGUGACAAAGGAAUUGCAUAUGAGUUUGUGCUUCGACAAGAUUUGUUGGAGCUGAUGACGUGCGGUCACAAGAGUAUAUUGCAAUUUUUUGGUGUUUGCAUCAGUGAAAAUCAUGGCUUGUGUGUUCUGACUAAGUUGAUGGAAGCUGGGUCAGCUUAUGACUUAUUGUUGAAGAAAAAGAAACUCCAGACUAAAGAAAUAAUAAGGAUUGCCAUUGAUAUAGCUGAGGGAAUCAAGUUUAUAAAUGAUCAUGGAGCUGCAUAUAGAGAUCUUAAUACACAGAGGAUCUUGUUAGACAAAAAUGGGAAUGCUUGCUUAGGUGAUAUGGGCAUAGUAGCUGCUUGCAGGAGUAUUGACGAAGCCAUGGAGUAUGAGACUGAUGGUUAUAGAUGGCUAGCUCCUGAGAUAAUUGCAGGUGACCCUGAAAGUGUUAGAGAGACUUGGAUGAGUAAUGUAUAUAGUUUCGGAAUGAUUAUAUGGGAAUUGGUUGCUGGUGAGGUAGCAUAUUCUGCUUACUCACCAGUACAGGCUGCUGUUGGAAUUGCUGCUUGUGGGCUUAGACCUGAAAUUCCAAAAGAUUGCCCCCAAGUUUUGAGAUCUCUUAUGAUCAAGUGUUGGGAUAAUUGCCCUUCAAAACGUCUUCAGCUCAGUGAAAUUCUGUCAAUAUUGGUACGUUCCAGCAGUAACAGCUUCAGUAAUACUAGGUAAUAGAAAUUUAAAGGCUGUUUAAUCUAGUAGAUGUUGUAAUCAGUCAUAUAGAUCCUCUAUAGCAAUGCAAAUUAAAUCCUUACUUGAUUAAUGAUAAGUUAUUCUCCUAUCAUCAU